AUGGAGACGAAGUUGGUCUGUCUGCUGGAGCAACAGCAGCAGCCCAUGCAGCAGCAGCAGCUCCAGUUAGACAUCCUACAAAAGUCGCUGCAGUUGCUAACGGACAAAAUCGAUGCCCAGGACGUGUUACCACAACAGCUUCAGAGUCCUCGGGUGUCUGAUGCUGCUUUCCCAUGUCACACCUUAAAUGGCCAGACCCAUCUUGAAUUCUCUCGAUUUCAAGAAAUGGAAGGGGAAGGAGCUGGCCCAGAACUGCGGGUGAAGGCUGCUGCUCUGUGGGUCCGCGUCGCUUUCCGCCCUUCGCUCCCUAAGGACCUGAGGAGCAUCCCUGACAAGAACCUUACGCUCUGGCUGUUCAAAGUAACCAAGCCGGCCACUGUAUCUUUUACCAAUGACACGCACCUGAGUGGUAAGGAGUUCGAUGACUACACAGAAAUGGCAGCAUCCUUACCUGUCACACUAUCAGGACUGGGAUGGCUGAAAUUUGAUCUCACAUCAACAGUGCAGAACUGGUAUGCUGCUAGACAUGCUCCAAGAGAACGUCUGCGCCUUCUGGUAGACUGUUCUGGUUGUUCUGAUAUGGUGGAAGCCAUCCUGUUCCAGCAGCGGCCACCAGAUGCUGAUUAUAAGCCACAUCCUGAGACUAGUUUCUCUAGGGUGAUUAACAGUAUUGACUCCACAAGUGACCUGUACUCUCAAAGUCACCCUAGCAGUCUGGGUCUAUCCAAUGAUACCCAGCGUCCAUUUCUAGUAGUCCACACAGAUCCAACUGCCAUUAGACGUGUCAGAAGAAGAGCAUUGGAUUGCACUGACGGAGACAAAGGUCCUUGCUGCAAAAACAAAUUUUACGUUAAUUUUACAGAAAUCGGAUGGGAAGACUGGAUUAUAGCACCUAGUGGUUACUAUGCAAAUUACUGUCGUGGUGAUUGUGGUGGACCUCACAGAACGCCAGAUUCCUACGUGAACUUCCAUACACCUCCACUGGAGGAGUAUAGAAAGAUGGACAGCCUACCAGGUUUACAACUUUGUUGUGCUCCACUCAAGUUCUCAUCAAUGUCUUUAAUUUAUUGGGGUCUAGAUAACAAAAUAAUAAAGAGAGAUCUCCCGAAAAUGGUUGUUGAUGAGUGUGGUUGUCCUUAGAAUAAAAACAUUCCUCCCUCAUUGUGUGUCUAUAUAUUUCCAAAAAACAUUCCAUAAACUCAUUUCAUUUAUUGUCAUUUACAUCCAUUCAAACUUCAUAUCAUCAAUUUGAAUUUCACAGCUUUUAUUAUGACUAGACUGUUUUAUUGGAAACUAGCAUGUCAAUGGAGGAAACACACAGAAUCGAAGACUGACUGAUAUUUGACUGGGUGACACUUACAUUCUUAUCUUUUCAGCUCUUAUGCUGCCUAAUGUUUAGUAAUAUAAGUAUUAAUUUGUUAUAAAUUUUGGUAAAUAUGUAGGUCAUUCAACCUAAUAAAAUUACUAAGCAGGAGUUGGCAUACUAUAGAUGUGUAAUUUAUUACUAGCACUGUGUAGAUGUAUUGCAUAAUUUUUUUAAUUGUAC